CUCCACAUUUAGCCCCCAGCACAGUCCUCCGUGCGAGAGCACGUGACAGAGCUCGUUUGUUGGGCUCAUCGAGACUUCCCCUCCAUCGCCCGACAAGGAGAUGGGAGAGGGCCACCAGGAAGAAAUCUGCCAAGGGGGGGUGACUCCCAUGGCGCCCCUGUCGACCAACGUCCCUGGAGGGGAUUCGACGAGAAGGGCCUCCACCGAAGGGCCCGCUUGCGUUGUGGCCACUCCUGCUGACAGCCACAAAUCAUGUGCCGGCAACGAAUGUUGCCGAGGGAGGGGAGGUCCCUUCCCAACAGUCGCCAGCGGCCCACUUGCUUGAGGAGGAAGAUCUUUUGGUGGAGGUGGCCAGCAUAGGGAAAGAAAAUGAUGAAGAGGCUGCCAAGAUUACUGCUAAGGAGGGGCAGACAAGCUUCCGGGGAUAUCCAAGGUGUCCCCGAAGAAAUCAAGAAACUCCUCAGAAGCGUUUCUGACUCCACUAUGUUGGUUGCGGACAAGCCGCUUAUCCAAUCUGAUGCAUCAAACUUGAUGGUGUACCCACUCACAACUGCACCACAACCUUCUUCGAGCAACAUGGAAUUAACCAUUACUCAUCUGGGACCGGGAGCCCCUAGCUCAUCCAUCUUGGCUGGGGUGAACUUUGACGAGGAGAUUGAUCCCACACUAGUUCCCCUGACGCAGAGGGCCAAGGAAGUUGAUGGUUCUGUCGACUGCACCAAGGACCUUGUCUUCCUGGGGACGAUGGCUGUUGGGCUCAAAGACGUGCAGGAAAGGUAUGGCCAGAGGUGGCAGGAGAUCCAAGAAGAGCACAGUUCCGUCAACCUUGUGGACCGGCAGCUGAGGGACAAGGGCAAUGAACUGCACAAGUGGUACCAGGGGCAGAUCCAGUCUCUCAUGUGGCAAUUAGAAAAGCUGGCUGCCAAUGAGAAGAAGGCAACUGCUCGAGAUAACCAGCUGACGGAGCACGAGGUGCUUCUCAAUGCCAAAGAGAAGGACAUUCUUGCUCGGGAAGAGGCCCUUGCGGCCAUCCUUCAUGGCAAGGACAACGAGCUAGAAGCCCUCGUUCAAGAGUGUACCAAGGAUCUGGAGGAUGGCCACGAGAAGGCCAUUGAUUUGCAAAUCCAAGAUUCAGUCGCCAAACUCAAGGAAGUUGAUGAUAACCUUGCUGCUACAUCCAAUGCCAAGGCAAACCUCGAGGCCCAAGUGGAAAAGCUGGAAGAAGACCUUGCUGGGAGCAAAAAGGAGACCAAGGCUCUCAAAGAAGAAGUGUAGAGGGCAGCCACUACUCUGGAGGGGCUACAAUCGCAACUUACAUCCAAGAGCCAAGAUCUGGAUGUUGCCACCGAUACUAUCAAGGCCUUGAAAACCAGGCUCACCACCUUGGAGACAGAACUUGGGUUAGCCAAGGAUCAGGAGAAACUCUUGGCAGAGGAGGUUGUCAUGGCAGAAACUCUCCGGAAGGACGCUGAGCUCAAGCUUGAAAACUAGGUUGAGCUGUAUGGAAUCUGGACAAAGAAACUACUAAACAUAGCUGAAUGCCUCACCUCCCAGAUUACCACCAUGAACAUGAAGAGCUGGACUUUUUUCGUCAAUGAGCCAAGCGUCAAGCUGUCAUACUUCUUCAUGUGUCUUAUUGACGGGUUGAAGACGUCUGAAGAUGACAGGGUCUGCCUGCUUCGCCAACAAGUCCCGAAAAUUUGCCCGAGAUGCUCUUUUCAUGGUUCUGCUCAAGCUUGCCCAACACCAUCCUGAUAUUGAUCUCUCCGACGCCUUCAAGAAGCAGCCGGUGGGCACCGACACUUUUGCCGCUGAGAAGAUUUCCGGCCCUCUCGCAACAUUUGCUUCGAACAUGCCUUUACUCCCCCUCUUGAUGCUCUUGCCUGUUUUCAUUCCUCUCCCCGGUAAACUUGUAUGCGGGGAACUCUUCCAUCCUGUGUGAAAAGAAGGAACGGGGAGGAAGCGGGGAACCUUGGCGGUUCAUUAAGCAUCUAAUAUGAUCCUUGCAAGGGUUAGGAUGUACACAUAUGCACAUAUAUAGCUUAAAUAUUUUGUAAA